GCCAAAGCACGCCAACAAAUCCAAGGAGGGGCCUCGAUUCGAAGUCGCCCUCCACUCCAUUUGCGACAAAACAACACCAACGCCGGCUCACCCUCGACAACCCAAACCACCACGACAACCUUUUUCCGAUUGUGGUGUUGGCUCUUCGGAACGACUUCUUUUCCGGCCUGCUUUCCUGAGAUACACCCACUGGCCGCCCCCGCGAUACCCCUCAUCGGCCGUUGUCCGCCAUGGACAGCGUCAGCUUCGACAUUAACGAUGCGCUCAAGCAUUACAUGGGCGACCCGGCCGGCAUCCCGACACCCGAGGCUGAUGGAGCGCUGGUCGACUGCGAGAACGACCCGGAGUCGCUCACCGAUAAUGCCGUGAUCAACGCCGUCCUCAACCCGAUCGUCGACGCCGUGGCCGAGAACCCGGAUGCCAUCACGCGCAGCAACAUCUUUGACUCGUUGCAGUUCCUUCUAAAGUGUGCACCCAUCUCCUCUGAUCCCCUCAUGCCCUGCGAAAGAGACACGUCGCUGCUGGCAGCGGGCACACCCACCCCUGCCCGGCGCGCGAGUCCUCUGGGCUCUGGCGCCAAAGACCGUCGUUUAAACGAUCCUGAUUCUGAGCUGUUCAAAAAAUCCAGGUACACCUCCUUCCUCUCGGCGCACGCUCUGAGCAAGAUAUUUGACCUGAUCACCUCCGGUCUGGCCACCGAGGCCGACGUCAUAAACCAUGACCUUGAGUCGGACGAGCAGGAGCUCAUCGCCCACCACAAGCAGCUGCUCGAGAUGUACGGUUUCCUGCUACAAUGGACCAUCGCAGCGGUCGAGAUCAAGGCAGCCGAGAAGUCGUCGACCACCGUCCCCGCACGAGGCCGCGGUAAGCCCAAGAGCAAGAGGGAUGCGGCCAAGGACGGCACUUGGGAUUCGUCGACCCAAUUGGAGACGGCGCUGAAUACAAUGUGCAAGGUGCUGCGGUUGAAGUUGGGCAAGAUCUUCUUGACGACAUCCGAACGCGACACUUUCAUGUCGCUGCUGACGCGGCCCGUCUACAUGAUUCUCGAGAGCGAACAGCGCGUCAAGAGCACCAGCAUCCGAAUGCACGCCUUCAAGGUGCUCUGCAUUGCGGUCAAGCACCACGGCCACGGAUACGCUGCCCAAAUUUCCAUCGUCCAGAACCUCACGUACUUUGAGCACCUGUCGGAGCCGAUGGCCGAGUUCCUCCACAUCCUGGCCGAACAAUACGACUACCCCCAACUAGCAGACGAGAUCCUGCGAGAGCUCAGCAACAAGGAGUUCAACACCAACGACACCAAGGGGCCAAAGUCCGUUUCAACAUUCAUGAUUAGGCUGUCUGAGCUGGCUCCUAGGCUGGUCAUCAAGCAGGUUACUCUCAUGGCGAAGCAGCUGGAUAGCGAGUCGUACACGCUCCGGUGCGCCCUCGUCGAGGUCUUUGGCAACAUGCUUGCCCACCUCAGCAAGUCAGACGAGCGCGGCGAGAACCACAAGAUGCAGAUGAACGCGUUCUUUGACGUUCUGGAAGAGCGCUUCCUCGAUAUCAACCCGUACUGCCGGUGUAGGACGAUCCAAGUCUACGUGAAACUAUGUGGGCUAGAUCAGAAAUUCCCGAAGCGGAGACAAAAGGCAGCCGAAUUGGCGUGCCGGAGCCUUGAAGACAAGAGUAGCCAUGUGAGGAGGAACGCCAUCAAGUUGCUCGGUGCCCUAAUUCGGACGCACCCGUUCACCGCCCUCCACGGCGCGCAGCUCGCGAGGAAGGACUGGCAGGAACGCUUGGACAAGGUCGAUUCGGAACUCAAUGCGCUGAAACCCCCAGUCGACGCGCCGGGUCUUGAGCAAGGGAAUACUACCGUGGACCAAGCUUUGCUUGACGACGCCACUCAGAUCGAGUCUCCGAGGAAGCAGCCCGCUGAGAUGACCGACGAGGAGAAGAUUGCGGCAGUUCAGAAAGCCCAGGAGGAGGCCGCCACUUCCGAGGCGAUCGAGAAGCUGACCCUCACUAAGCGGUACUACAACGAAGCGCUCAAGUUUAUCGACGUGUUGCACGAUGCGACCGGCACGGUGUGCCAACUUCUUGGAUCCAGGAACAAGAGCGAAGUAAUCGAGGCGAUGGAUUACUUUGAGAUUGGCGACGCAUACAACAUCGAGCAGAACAAGGUCGGCAUUCGUCGCAUGCUCAGGCUCAUCUGGACCAAGGGCAACAGUGAUGAAGGCAAGGGUGUCCAGGCUCACCUCAUCGAUUGCUACAAACGGCUCUUCUUCGAGGCUCCAGACAGUUUCAGCCCGAACGAUGCAGCCAACUAUAUCGCGAGGAACAUGAUCAGUUUGACUUUUGGCGCCACACCUGCCGAACUCACUUCGCUCGAACAACUUGUCAGCACCAUGAUGAAACAAGGCAUGAUUCCGGAUCUUGUCAUCGCGAAAUUGUGGCAGGUUUAUGGUGUGCAGAAGCGGGAGAUUUCUAGGAAGCAGAGGAGAGGCGCCAUCAUUGUGCUCGGUAUGCUCGCCACCGCCAGCCCGGAGAUUGUUGUCGGUGAGAUGGAGACGAUGCUGCGCACCGGUCUCGGAGCCCACGGCCGCGAUGACCUGCAGCUCGCCAAGUUUACCUGCGUUGCUCUCCGGCGUAUCAACCCCACCGGUCGUCAGGCGAAAGAAUCAGCAGCCAAAUUCUCCAGGCUACAGAACGACCAUGCUAUGUUGGUUAGGCUGGCAGCGAUCACCGAGGUGCCCACGGAGAGCAAGGACUGGUACGGCGUUGCUGAGCAGGCCAUCAAUGCCAUCUACACGCUGUCGAGGCACCCGGAUGUUCUGUGCUCCGAGAUCAUCCGUCGCAAGACGAGGACUGUCUUCUCCCGCCCAUAUUCGCGUCCAAGCUCACAACCCAACUCUCGUCCCACUUCCCGCGACGAGACACAGCCGGCACCUAGUCCUACUUCCUCGGCCGAGAGUGCAGAAAGUGACCCCACCGUCCUUGCCUCCCAGCAAGCACCUGUCAGCCCGACCAAAAAGCAGAACAAGGACAACACUGUUGGCCUCUCCCAACUCCUCUUCAUUGUGGGCCAUGUCGCCGUCAAGCAGAUCGUGCACCUCGAACUCUGCGAGCUCGACUUCAAACGUCGCAAGCAGGAAAAAGAAAAGACGGCUGCCGCUGCGAACCGCUCCUCCCUUGGAGCCAGCACCUCCAGCCGCCGCUCUGCCUCCCAGCCGAAAGACAAAUCCAAACUGGAGGACGAGGGUGACGAACUCGACCUGAUUGGCGGCACGACCGAAGACGAUUUCACCGAGGCCAUGGCGCACAUCCGCGAGCGCGAGCUCCUAUACGGGCCCACCUCGUUACUCGCCCACUUCGGCCCCCUGGUCAGCGAGAUCUGCGCCAACAACACGACCUACCGUGACCGCAACCUGCAGCAGGCCGCCACGCUGUGCCUCGCCAAGCUGAUGUGCGUCUCGUCCGAGUACUGCGAGGUCAACCUCCCGCUGCUCAUCACCAUCAUGGAGCGCUCGACCGACGCCACGGUGCGCAGCAACGCCGUCAUCGCGCUCGGCGACAUGGCCGUCUGCUUCAACCACCUGAUCGACGAGAACACCGACUUCCUGUACCGCCGCCUGGCCGACCCGGAGCCCAUGGUCAAGCGGACGUGCCUGAUGACGCUGACGUUCCUCAUCCUCGCCGGCCAGGUCAAGGUCAAGGGCCAGCUGGGCGAGAUGGCCAAGUGCCUCGAGGACGAGGACAAGCGGAUCGCCGACCUGGCCCGCAUGUUCUUCACCGAGCUGAGCACCAAGGACAAUGCCGUAUACAACCACUUUGUGGACAUGUUUAGUCUGCUGUCGGCGGAUAAGCGGAUCGAGGAGGAGAGCUUUAGGCGCAUUGUGCGGUUCCUGCUUGGGUUUGUGGAGAAGGACAAGCAUGCUAAGCAGCUGGCGGAUAAGCUGGCUGCGAGGUUGCCGCGGUGUGAUAACGAGCGGCAGUGGAACGAUGUCGCGUUUGCGCUGGGCUUGUUGCAGCACAAGAACGAGGAUAUCACCAAGCUUGUGUCGGAGGGGUUCAGGAUGGUCCAGGCGGCCGCGUAGAAUUAUUGUCAGAUGCCGUGAGGUGAGGUUUGGUUGUGGGAUGCAUUACCGGGUGUCUGGCGUGGCUGGCUGGGGCUGGCUGGGGCUGUCUUGGGCUGUUGGGAUACCCAAGGUUGGGCGGGUUGUGUUGUUUUCUGAGUUUAGUCUGUUGCCGGUAGUUACGCUGCGGUUCUCGGCAUACGAUAACAACGAUCUCGUACCUUAUUUUGGAAGGGGAGUUUUGUACAUGAUCGAUUACCCUGGAUAUGAAGAUAUGCUUGGUGCAACCGGAGCCGGAUAGAAUC